AACACAAUCAUCACGCCUGCAUUUCCAUUCUCCGCCUUUUAAUUUCGACGAUGACUCUACUUUUGCGCUACGCGGCACACGUCGAUCUGGUACUGGUAGUUCCUCUCCAACCACCGAUCGUAAUCAAAUUAAGCAGUUAAAUGUUGCAAAUUACUACUACUAACCCAGUGCAGUUAUCGUGACGAGCAGUAAAUUAAAUUAAACCUGUAGUAAGUACUAAAUAAGUGCCUUUCAGUACCUUUCCGGGUCUAUAAAUACUAGGCGCCUUCAUUCCUUAAACUAGCAAGAAUCCAGGCCAGGCCAGCAAAGUUAGUUGUAAGCUUCCCCGGCCGGCCGGUUGCGCUCCGGCAGAUGGCAUCCAACAAGGCCGUCCUCCUGUUCGCGGCCGCCGUGGUCGCGGCGGCGUGCGUGCUCGGCACCUCGGAGGCUCGGCUCGGCAAGCUGGGCCGGCUCGUCAUCACCGGCGUCGUGCCCUGCAACACCGGCAGCCUCAUCGACAUCGCCACCUCCCCCGCGUUCCCAAACGCGGACGUGGAGCUGCGGUGCGCGGGCAAGGUGGUGGCCGGCGCGACCACCAACACCAACGGGUCCUUCGCCAUGGAGCUGGACAUGACGAGCGCGCUGGCGGCAUUCAUCGGCGGGUGCACGCUGGUGGUGGACACGCCGCUCGUCAAGUGCAACGCCGACCUCACCGACGUCGGGAGCCUCGUCUCCUACCUGCAGGGCCCGCUCACAAGGCUACUCGGCGGCAUCUUCCACCUCUUCCCCGCCGGAUUCUCAUUCCACGCCCGCCGAGAUUGAUGGGGAUGUUCAUGCUAGAUCGUCUGUCUCUAGCUAGUUCUUGCCUGCUGCCUGGGAAUGGGAUUCAUCAUCAUAUAACAGUUGCAUGCUGUACUUGUACUCUACUGUGGAUGUAUAUGGUGAUCGAGAUGCAAACGUACGUUUCUAGGUACACAUACAGACAUACUACGCAAGAUUACUAGCAUAUCAUCAAGUAGCAACCAAACUAGAAGUUGGGACAGUUGUCAUACUGUAUGUACUAUAUAAUUUAAGAAGCUUAUUGGCAGCACCGCAGCUGCAGUCCUGCUACCUGCUAUAUAUUAUUAACCUCAUGUUUUUGGACA